CUCUCCCCCCACCCUCUCCUCAGCUCCUUCUCUCUCUCACUCUCUCUCACUCUCACUCUUCUUCUUCUUUUUCUUCUUACUCUCCAACCAACACUCUUCACCCCUUCUCCUCUCCCGCCCACACCAACACCCCACACCCCCCACACAUCGAUCGAAAAAGAUGGCUGCAUCAAUCCGCUCCGUCGCCAUGGGCCUGCCUCGCGUCUCCAUGGCCCGCAUCCCCCUCGUGGCCUUCGCCAACACCCACGUCGCACCUCUCAGUCACGCCAACAGCGUCCACCCCAGCGCCUUCUCCUCCAUGCCGGCCUCACGCAAGGACAAAACUUGGUCCAACUCUGCCAACAAGGUGGCUGAUCAGCUCGAGCAUACUGCCUCAAAGUUCCCCGAGGACAACGAUAGGACGACAAAGGACUAUCUUCGUGAGGUAAAGCAAUUCGAACACGCAGAGGAUGCGCUGUUGAGGGAUCUGGGCUUGAUAAAGAGUGUUCAUCAGGAAGACGACAUAUACAACCACAGCAAACAUCCCAGCAAAAACACACCCAGCAAAAACACGCCCAGCAAAAGCACAGCCAGCAAAAGCAAUUCAAGCACAGGAAAGAAACGCGCCGCAAAAAGCGCAGAAGAACCGAAGGAUACGUUUGAGGAAACAUUUGUGGCCCAGGUGAGGGCGGAUGUGUUCUAUCCUUCGACAAAGAUGAACCAUGAUGACAGCCAGCAUCAUCAGCAGGAGAUGGUCUCCAGUCUCCUUGAGGAGCUGAAGGUACCUUGCUUGUUUAUGUUUCGUAAACGCUGGUUAUAUCUGUAUGCUUCCUACUAUCGGAUCUGCUCCAUCAGAUGCCUCGAUCGCAUGCUCGGCAAGGGAACGAACCGACAAGCGACCACCGGGCCACCAAAACCUGCCCAAUCGACCGGCGAAAUAAAAAGGACGACUAGCUCAAGGAGCGACAAAUCGACCUUCAUCCUCGACUCUCUUUCCCCCUAUCCUUUCCUUUCCUUUUUUUUUCCUCCGAGAACGAAAAGAGAAACGACCUCGUCAUGAUACCCUUUUCGAUUGUCUUUCAUUAGGGCGCAUUUUUUUUUUUUUUUUAUUUAUUUAUUU